AUGUCCUUCCAGAGCAUUGUUCAUCUGUCCUUGGACAGCCCUGCCCAUGCCAUUUGUGUGCAGGGCGUGGAAAUCUGCUUAGAUGUCAAUGGGUGUGCUCCACAGCAGUGCGAGUCCUUCACCAUCGAUAGCUCUCCGGGAGUCGUGACCCAAAUCUACGGCACAGACCCAGUAAAGAUCGGGGAGGGGGCUGCCAUGAACUGGUGGCCCCUGUCACAUCCCACGAACGUGCUGGUGGGGAUGACAUCCCCCAGCUCUGCCAACGACAAGGGCAAGGUUUCGGUAUCCUACUACCAGCACAACGAGGACGUCCCCAUGGCCACAGCUGUGCUCUACCUCACGAGCGUUGAGCUCUCCCUGGACGUGGAUGUCUACCGCAGCGGGAACUUCGAGACAAAUGACAAACAGGCUAAGAAAAACUGGGUCUGGGGCCCCAAGGGCUGGGGUGCCAUCCUUCUUGUGAACUGCAGCCCUGCUGACGCACACCAGCUCGUGGACAGGAAGAGCAAGGUGUUCUCUACGGAGGAGACAAAGAGUCUGUCCCAGAUGAUACUGAGAGUUCAGGGACCCAGCUGCAUUUUGAAGAGAUGCCGGGUGGUUCUCCACACCUCCAAGGAAGAGUCGGAGAAGGCAAGAGUCUACCGGCCACAAAAAGACAGCUCUAGCACCUUCGAAUUGGUGCUGGGGCCUGACCAGCACACCUACAACUUGGCCCCCGUCGAGGAUGACUUGGAGGAAACCUUCUACGUUGAAGGCUUAGAGUUCCCGUCCGCCAGCUUCUCGGGCUUGAUUUCCUACUCGGCCUCCCUGGUGGAAGAGUCUCAAGACCUGUCGAUUCCAGAGACCGUGGUGUACAAAGACACCGUGGUGUUCCGGGUAGCUCCUUGCGUCUUUGUCCCCAGCACCCAGAUGCCUCUGGAGGUAUACCUGUGCAGAGAGCUGCAGGUCCAGGGCUUCGUGAACACAGUGAUGGAGCUAAGCGAGAAAAGUAACAUCCAGGUGGCAUCUGUCUACGAGGAUCCCAACCGCCUGGGCAGGUGGCUCCAGGAUGAGAUGGCCUUCUGCUAUACCCAGGCUCCCCACAAGACUAUUUCCUUGGUCCUCGACACCCCUCGGCUCCCCAAGCUCGACGAUUUCCCCUUGAAAUACUCACUGAGCCCUGGGGUUGGCUACAUGACCCAACGCACCCACGACCAUACGGUGGCCAGCAUAGAUUCCAUUGGGAACCUGAUGGUGUCCCCACCUGUCAAGGCCCAAGGGAAAGAAUACCCUCUAGGCAGGAUCCUCAUUGGCAGCAGCUUUUACCCCAGCAAGGACUGCCGGAACCUGAGUAAGACCCUCCGGGACUUCCUCUACGCCCAGCAAGUCCAGGCCCCAGUGGAACUCUUCUCCGACUGGCUGAUGAUUGGCCAUGCCUAUGAGUUCAUGUGCUUCCUCCCUGCACAGUACAAGGUGGAGGACAAAAAGGACUUCCGGCUGCUCCUGGCCAGCCCCAGCUCCUGCUACAAACUGUUCAAGGAGAAACAGAAGGAGGGCUAUGGAGACGCACGUCUGUUUGAAGGGAUUAGAAAAGAUCAGCUCCUUUCUAAUGGGAGGGAGGCCAAUACCAUCAAUCAACUUCUGGCUGAUGAAAAAAUGAGGAAGCAGAACAGCUACGUGGAGAAGUGCAUCGACCUGAACCGCAACAUCCUCAAAAGGGAGCUGGGCCUGGAGGAGCAGGACAUCAUCGACAUCCCGCAGCUCUUCUGCCUGGAGCAUAUCGCCAACAUCCCCUCCAGCGAGCAGACCGAGAAACUCUACGCGAGGCCCUACUUCCCUGACCUGCUGCAGAUGAUCGUGAUGGGCCAGACCCUGGGCAUCCCCAAGCCUUUUGGGCCCCAGAUCAAUGGUACCUGCUGCCUGGAGGAAAAGAUCCGCCAGUUGCUAGAGCCCCUGGGAUUCCAGUGCAACUUCAUUAACGACUUUGACUGCUACCUGACUGAAAUCGGAGACUUCUGCUCCUGUGCCAACAUCCGCCGGGUGCCCUUUGCCUUCAAAUGGUGGAGGAUGGUGCCCUAGACCCAUCUUAGCGCUGCCAGCCCUGCCCCAGCAUGAAUGGCCCACUAUCACCACUCAGCAGCGUCUGACCCUUGCCCUGCUCAGGGGCCUGGAGUCAGGGUGCUACACCCCUUACUCACCCUGUUCACCCCCGUCCCUCAGCAUUCAGCGGGGCAGCAAUACUGGCAGCUUGAGCCCCUUGGAAAAAGAUGGAAAGUGGUCACUGAGAAGUUACCGAAUGCCCAUUAAAGCCCU